UUUCUGAUCACAGGUAAACAAGAAUAAACAUUAAUGGGAGGAGGGAACCAAACUUAUGUGGUUGAAUUUAUCUUGCUGGGACUUUCACAGGAUCCCAAAAUCCAAAUCUUGCUCUUCUGUGUUUUCCUGACCAUCUACCUUCUUUCUAUAUUUGGGAACCUGCUGAUAAUUAUCCUUAUCCAAACUGACUUUCAACUUCACACACCCAUGUACUUUUUUCUCAAGAACUUAUCCUUUGCUGACCUCUGCUUCUCUACAAGCAUUGUACCCCAGAUGUUGGUCCACUUCCUUGUGAAAAAAAAAACCAUUUCCUUUGCUGGGUGCUCAAUACAGAUAGUGGUCUUUCUUCUAGCAGGAUGUACAGAGUGCACACUGCUGGCAGUGAUGUCCUAUGACCGGUAUGUGGCUGUCUGCAAGCCUCUGCACUACUCCACUGUCAUGACCCAAAAGGUUUGUAUCCAGUUGGCUACAGUUUCCUGGAUAAGUGGGGCAUUCGUCUGCUCAGUGGACAGUGCCUUUACAUUAUAUCUCCCCUACCAGGGACAGAAUGUAAUUAAUCACUACUUCUGUGAACCACCUGCACUGCUAAAGCUGGCUUCAGCAGACACAUACAAUGCUGAGAUGGCUCUCUUUUCAAUGGGUGUGAUUAUUCUCUUAGCUCCUGUCUCCCUCAUCCUUGUCUCCUACUGGAAUAUCAUCUCCACUGUGAUUCGGAUGCAAUCAGGGGAGGGAAGACUCAAGGUCUUUUCCACCUGUGGUUCCCACCUCACUGUUGUGGUUCUCUACUAUGGCUCUGGAAUAUUUGCCUACAUGAGACCUAAUUCCAAGACAAUGAAUGAAAAGGAUAAGGUUGUCUCUGUGUUCUAUUCAGUUAUGACUUCCAUGUUAAACCCCAUCAUUUACAGCCUUAGGAACAAGGAUGUGAAGGGAGCUCUCAGGAAGCUGACUGGAAGAUAG